AUGUGGAUACCUUCUUCAACUUCAAUAACCGCGCGGUCGGCUCCAAUCACGCCAAACAAUAAGUCGACGGCGGUCAUGAUUGCAACAUGGAUCCUGACGGGCAUCUUUGUUGUCAUGUUUCUGGCACGGCAGGCAGUUCGAUUUGCACGGGUACGGCGACUUGGACUGGAUGAUUUGCUCAUGUUCCUUGCAACACUCUUUGGAAUUGGCCUCUCUGCGACGACUCUGCUACUCUCCUCGGAAGGUCUGGGUGUCUUUGAGCCCGUUACCAUAGCCCGCGCCGACACCCUCAUGAAAGGCUUAUAUUCCUCGAACUUUCUCUACAUAUCAUCGCUGUGCCUCACAAAACUGUCUCUCCUCGCCUUCAUCUAUGCUAGUGCGGCGCAGCGAGGCCUGAAGAAGGCUGUCGUUGGAUUGGUUAUCUUCGUCGCGAUAUGGUGCACUGCGUCUCUACUUGCGGCGGCCUUUCAGUGUAAGGUUCCAAGGCCAUGGGCAACAAUGACGCUUAACUGUUAUAAUAUUGGUGUCUUCUGGAUCGUCUUCUGCAUAAUCGACAUGACUACGGACGUCGCGAUCAUUAUGCUUUCCGUCAACCUGGUCGCAUAUCUCAAUAUCGAGUUUUCUCGAAAGGCCGCCAUUGUCGCUUGCUUUGCACCCCGUAUCCUGGUUAUUUCCGUUGCGCUUGUUCGCUUGGUUUACCUCUAUCCUAUCACACCACACGACAAACCGGAGUUCAAGCUCUGGGUUCCGGCAAUCUGCUCCUUGGUGCACGUCUCCCUAAGCAUAAGCACCGCAUGCCUUCCGUUCAUGAAAAGAUUCUUCGAUGCAGGCGAAUCCACCCGUCGGCGUGGAAAGAAUGAUUGGAAACCCCGAGGGCUCAGGGGUGAUAAAGCAUCAAAGCUGUUCGCAAGACCGAAGAGAGGCCAAAAACUGCAUUCGAUCGACUCAAGUGUUCCCAAACAGCGAAGUCCAGAUGUCUCGCCACGCAUCCCAACACCUGCACCGUUGAGUCCAUUAGCACCUCCAGUGUACAGCUCUCCAAGGGCUACCCCACUCAGUUCGAAAGCAAGCUCCAAGAGUCCAAGUCUGAGGUUGCAUAUUCCCCCUUCACAGCCGCGUAAAACUGUUACCAGUGACCUUAUCAGUCCUCAGACUGCAAGCUCUGCAGCUUUGUCGCCGCAGUGUCUAUCUCCAUAUUCUCCUCAACCACUUCUUUCGCCUCAUGGUAUCUCUCCCAUAAGAGAACCAACGCCGCCGCCACCAUUGUACAGUCCGCGCCCAACCGUUUCCGGUUCCCAUUAUGGAAGAACGGCUAAGUCAAGUCCGAACUUGAACUUGCGCAAUUCGCCGCCGUCCCCUCGGUUUUCUCUGUUUCCUUCACCAGCGACCGGACGUUACGUUGUGGUACCACAGAACCGCCGCCCCCAAGCUCAAAAGUACCCGAUUCGAACGAGUAGUUUGAGGCAGAGGCCUGACAGCCGUCGUGCCACCGUCAAGUUCGCCGUAGCCCCCAAUCCGGCGAGCGCGAGCCCAAGCACGACGAUCUCCUCGUCACGAUACUCCAAACCCACGCCAACUCAAAGCAUCGGCACGACUCCCUCUAUUCCAUCUUACUACCUCCACACGCCGCCCACAUCAAACCCUCCCUCCUUCCCAGUGCCUCAACCGCCGAGCCCACAUCGCCAACGAAACCAGCGCAUUCUUUCUCCUCGAAACUCGUCCCAUAAAGACCAGAUCAGCCCCGUUUCUCCGUCAUCCUCCAACACGGCCCCAACACCGCCUCGCACGCCACUCACGUUCUGGAGGGACGACACGUCGCCUGAAAAUGCGGCGCUGAAUACGGCGGCCUCGGAGAUGCAGGCGAAUCGUCCCUGGGAGAUUGAGCAAAUGCCGGUUGUGCAGGACGUUAGGCGGGCUUCGCCGAAGCUCACCGUAAGACCACCGUCUUAG